UGAUCUCCUAACAAACAGCUGCUGCAGCUGCAGAGAGGAAAAAGGAGAAAGCUCAGGAGCAGCAGCAGCAAUCCGACCCUUGCAACAGCUUUACCAUGAACAUGUACCUGUUUGUAUACGACUUAAUGCAAUUCUGUGGACAUUCUUGGAUAUUUACAAAUAUGAUCAUCAGGUUCAUGACAUUUGGAAAAGAUUCACUGGCUGACACGUUUCACUCCAUAGGACUUGUAAUGCGCCUUUGCCAGUUGUUAUCUGUACUGGAGAUCCUACACAUCCUCAUCGGCAUUGACAAAAGCCGUCUCCUCCCCAGGUUUUUGCAGAUGACUGAGAGAAUAAUUGUUUUAUUUGUCGUGAUCAACAGUCAGGAAGAAGUUCAAGGGAAAUAUGUCGUGUGUGUUUUAUUUUUCCUUUGGAAUAUAUUAGAUGUGGUCAGGUACACUUACAACAUGCUGGCAAGGAUGGGCCUAUACUACCUACCACUAACAUGGCUCAACUUCUCACUGUGCAUCCCGUUUUAUCCCCUUUCAGUUCUGGCUGAAGGAUUUGCAAUUUGUGUAUCACUACCUUAUUUUGAAUCCUUUGGCACAUACUCGAUCAAGCUACCAUUUCCAUUCACCUUCUCAAUCUACUUCCCCUAUGUUCUGAAAAUGUACCUGCUAGUGCUCUUUGCAGGUAUGUGCUUUAUCAUCCAGAACCUCUUCUCUGAGAGAAUGGCACACCUAGGGACAGGAAACAUCAAAAAUAAAAGAAGCUAAGUUGAUAUUUUGUUUGGAAAGACAAAAUAUAUUCCUAGGGGAUUUCUGCACAUCAUCGUUAAAACCAAACUGGACAAAGAUUUCUCAAUGCAAAACUUCUCUUUGCAUGAACAUUAUCUGGCUGUAUAGAAUUUUCAGAAAAGGCAGAUCUCUUGAACACACCUCAAAACUAGAGCAGCUUUUGAAAAUUUUUGAAUGUUUUGAGAUCAAGUGGCCAGUUUUUAAAAUUAAUGGUUUUUUUCUAGCAUAUGUUAUGGAAUACUGAAAAAAUUGGAGAGUGCCGCAACUCACAGCUACACCCUUAUUUCAGUGUUAAUUCUUACUUCAUUAGCUACAGAUAUUCUGUAAUGACAGUAUAAUUCCAUCUCUAAGAUUACUUUAUACUAGGCCAACAUGUAUGUACUUCACAUAUAAAUGCUAAAUUUGCUAGAACUGGAAUCUCUCAAAGAGCAGAAAUCAGAACCUUUGCAGCCUAGAGACAAACAUGCUGAUUAACCCAGGCAUUCACUAAGGAUCCUUCACAUUCUGGCCUCAUACUUCAGUUAUCAGAAGAAGGCUCCAGCAAAUGCAGCUAAAUCAGAAAGGCAAGUGUUAUCAUACUCAUCUACUAUAUAUUCAGGGGGAUGUUUAACGGUCAGAAAUAAACACUUAUAAUCAUGUGUUUGGCAUGUCAGUCUCUUCCCUCACAAUGUUUUUCUUCCACAUUGAACAGCAGAGAGAUACAUGCAAAAUAAAUGUGAUGUAGUCAGGUCAAAAAAUAUGUUGUUUCUAAAAGGGAUCUGAAUGACUAUCAAAAGCCAUGUGCAAAAUUCUAGGCAUUUUACUCAACUGUAUUGCUCCUCAUACUCCUCUAGAAUAGUAUGUAAGAAUGCAAAUAGAACACAGCUUUUUCAAAGGCUGGGAAAGAGGAAUAUACGCAGCAACCCAGUGGAACAGGCAAAAAUAGCCAAAUAAUUCCUUAGAGACUGGCUGGAGCUUUUCUGACGUUUCAUCUGUAUUGAUUAUGACCUACAUUUCAAUUCAAGCAUGUGGGGGAGAAAAGUGAGGCUAUCUUUUUUUUUUUUUCUGACUGAAAACUGUGGAAAGGGAGCCUAGAUAAUAGGAGUAGGAGAGAAGGUAAUAUUUAAAGGGGGACUAAACACUGUUACAAUAUGAAGAGGCUUUUGCCUGCAUGACUUUUCAAACCAUGCAGCCUAAGAGGUUAUAUAAGGAAACAGUGAAGCUAAAUUAAUUUGUUAUGAAAGGUCACCUACUAUAAUUUUUAUUUAUUUAAUAAUAGUGGCAGACAAUGCCUGCGGACUAUUUUGACCAUCGAGUAUUUGCGGACCAUAAGCAACAAGAUCAUGCAUAGAAUAGUAUAGUGUCAACCCUGGAUUAGUUUUUUUUAAACCACUCCAAACAGAAAUUUGGAACUUAGUAGAGAAACAGGAGUGCUUUCACUUGGGCUUCUGUCUGACCCAAACGGAUUCAAGUGUGAACAAUGUGAAGAAACAUAUAGAACAGCUGAAUAAGAUAACAGUUUUGAAGACAGCCAGAUUAAGUCCACAUUAAACCACUAUAUAACUUGCUAAAGUUGAAGCAUAAACAUUUUUUCCUUGGAAAUUCAAUCCAACAUGCCAGAAACAGCUGGUUCCACCCAGUUCUAAGACUAAGCCUCUGCAGGAUGUUGCUGAGCCAAACAACAAAGAUCAUGGCAUGGCAUCUCUCUGAAAACUUAAGAAAAGGUAAGAAAUGUUACGCAGCAGCUGCGAGAAAGAAGAGUAAGAAAAAUGUAAGAGAAACAGCUCAGUAGACACCAAGGUCAAUGGAGAAGGUGAUGAAGAGCUACUUUAGGCACUGCAGCAGAUUCCCCUGUGAGCCAUAGUGUACCAGGUUGCCCCCUUGCAAGCCAUGGAGAAACACACCAGACGAUAUCCACAUGGCAGCCUUUGGAGGAUGCCAGGCUGCAGCAGGUGGCUGUGCCCUGAGGAAAGCUGCAGCCCAUGAAGAGCCCACACAAGCACAACAAGAACUGUGGCCCACUAGGGACCCACACUGAGGCAGUUUUUUCCCAAUGGACUGUAUCCCAUGGAAAGAACCUAUGCUAGAGCAGUGCUUGAAGAGCUGCAGCUUGUGAGAAGAAACUGUGAAGAACUGUAUCCCAUGGGAGGGACCCCAUGCUGGAGCAGAGUAACGGCGUGAAGACAAACAAGCAGCUGAGAUUAAGGUUUACUACCCAAGUGCAACCCCCACACCCACCUUGUACUGCUUGGGGAGGUAGGAGGUACAAAAUGCAGGAAUGAAGGAGUAAAGGGAGCACAGGAAGAAGGGAGGCAUAGGGGAAAGGUAAUUUUAGUUUUGCCUUUUUUCUUUCCAUCCUACUCUAUUUUUAAUUGGCAAUAAAUUUUUCU